AAGUUUACUGUCGCUGUGCAAACAGACGUCACGUGGAAGGAAGAGUUUAAAUUCCCGAUUUUGAAGUCCUGCAGCUUAUUUCACUCUUAAAUCUUGUAAAGUGAUUUUUAACAAAGACACGGGCGUUGGCCUCAAAGGGCUUCUCUCGCUCAAUCACACUCACUCACUGGUUUGUCUCAGUCGACAGAUGACGAUGAUGACUCGGGAGGGGAAACAGUUCUUCCUCCACUGCCUCCUCUUCGUCGUGCUGUCCUAUCUGUGUGACUGUCACCCUCACUCUGCUCUGCACAAUGGUUCCAGAGCUGCAUCCAAUCACACUGAAAGACACGAUUACGUUGAUCUUGAAAAAUACAGACCUAGUAUUUUCCUCGACCGUAUCUUCCUGCAUCAUCUUAGACACGCUGCACGUGUAGCUGCGGAGGUAGCAAGUUACACUGAUGUGGCACAGAAGAUCAUUGACCUGGCUGUGUACGGUGCUGCCCGGAACCGCUCUUAUGGACGCCUGGCCGACUUCACUGACACUAUAGGGAACCGUAUCAGUGGCUCACACAAUCUAGAGAUGGCUAUCAAAUACAUGUCCAAUGCUAUGACGCAGGACGGGUUGGACGUCCACCUGGAGCCUGUGAAAAUCCCACACUGGGUGAGAGGGGAGGAGAGUGCAGAGAUGACUUUGCCAAGGGCCAAGAGUUUGGCUAUACUGGGCCUGGGCAGCAGUGUUGGGACACCACCUGAAGGUAUCGAGGCAGAGGUGUUAGUGGUUGAGAGUUUCGACGAGUUGAAGCAUAGAGCCAGCGAGGCCGUCGGCAAGAUCGUGGUCUUCAACCAGCCGUUUGUCAGCUACGGGGAGACGGUGAAGUACCGAUUUUCCGGUGCCUCGGAGGCAGCUAAAGUGGGAGCUGUGGCCUGUCUAAUUCGAUCUAUCACCCCAUUCUCCAUUAACAGUCCUCACACAGGCUGGCAGGACUACGAGGACAGAGUGAAGCACAUCCCUGCAGCCUGUAUCACCGUGGAAGACGCUGAGCUCAUGUGGCGUUUCGCACAGAGGGGGCAGAAGAUCGUGGUUAGACUCAAGAUGGGAGCCAAGACUCUGCCAGAUGCCGACUCCUUCAACACUGUGGCUGAAAUAAAAGGCUGGCAGCACCCCGAGCAGGUUGUUUUAAUGAGUGGUCACUUGGACAGUUGGGACGUGGGCCAGGGUGCUAUGGAUGACGGAGGUGGAGCCAUGAUUUCCUGGGAGGCCUUGUCACUCAUCAAGGACUUAGGUCUGCGUCCGAGGAGAACUCUGCGUACCGUGCUGUGGUCGGCUGAAGAGCCGGGUGGAGUUGGAGCUCAGCAGUACUUUGAGCUACACAAGGCCAACCUGUCCAACUUUGACCUCGUCAUGGAGUCCGACUUGGGGACAUUCAAACCGCUGGCUCUGAAGUUUACUGGCAGUGACGCAGCACGAAAGGUGAUGGAAGAAGUGGUCAAACUGUUGGCUCCCAUUAAUACGACCAAACUGGAGACAGAGGGAGAAGGGACAGACAUUUCCCCAUGGAUAAAGGCGGGAGUACCAGGUGCUAGUCUCCAUGUUGAGGACAGCCGGUACUUCUGGUUCCACCACAGCGAGGGGGAUACCAUGACCGUCCAGGACCCUAAAGAAAUGAGCCUCUGCUCGGCAUUGUGGGCCACUGUUGCCUAUGUAGUGGCAGACCUGGAGGAUAUGCUGCCCAAGUAGCCAGUUAGCACACAGUGGACAGGCUGAUCACUCUGAUGGCAAACCACAUUCAGAGUGAAGCUGCUGGGGUGUUGUGAAAGCCCUAUGAGACGAAUUGUAAUUUGUGAAUAUGGGCUAUACAAAUACAAUUUGAUUGAUUGAAUGUGACAACAGUGUUGUGAAUGUGAUACAGCUGAUCCACUUUGAUGUGCAGGCAUAUAUUACUACAAAAUGAAAAUUGAUACAUUCGUAAUAAUCCCAAAAAUGUUUUGGGAAAACGUUUUUUUUGCAGCUCAGCGUGGUAUCAUGGUCUGCGUCCAAAACAAGAUACAAGAUAGAGCAUCUGGAAGUUUUAAUUAUAAAAGAAUAAUGAAGAACAUCAAUUAGAUCUUACUAAUACAUCAUUUUAGUGAUUCUCAGCAAAACAUUUGUUGAGAAUAAGUGGAAAUGAAGGAAAUCUGCCUUCAUGACUUUCUCUGCAUUGUAUUUGUUGUGGUGCCUUAAUACCAAGUGCGUCAAACAGGAGGACAAAUAAAAUAAUUUCUAUGCCUUUUAAAGUCUAGAAAUCAGAACUGUGAAACUUUAUCCUGAAAAAAUGAGACAAAUCCCCCUUCAAUGUGACUUCAUUUUCACCUCAUGUCCUUUUUAACGUAAUAUCCGGUGACAUUUUAAACCAAGUAAUCAUUGCAGUUUUUGGGUAUCGGGAAUAAAGUGUGAAUCAUUGUGUGA